AUGGGACAAGAACGUUCCGGAGCCUCUCAGUGCUCAACGAAUCCCAGCCUAUCUACUCAAAAGGGGCCCUCAGCCAUCAAGAAGAAGGUCACCCGCCGCGAUCCCGAGAAGAGGCGUCUACAGAACCGCUUAGCUCAGCAGGCAUACCGGGAAAAGCAGCGGAAGCGCAUACAGGAGCUAGAGCGCCGUGCAGCUGAGCAGGGAGCUGCAUUACAAGAAAGCAAUGACAGGUCCCUCGUUCACGUGGAGAAUCCCGUAGCAGGGCUUACUUCAGCACCUGUCAGUGAAAUACUCGUAGACGCUGAAACUAUCGAUCCUUCAACACUCCAUCCUGAUACCGGAAACUCGCUAUCACAGGCGACGACGGAUGUAGGCACGUGGGGUGCCAGCCUCAUAUUUGAAGACUUCGACCAAUGGAUUUCCGAAAACCCCAUAUACGAUGAGUACACAACACCGGUGCUGUUCUUCAACUGUGGUUGUCCUACACUUCACAUUCCCAACCAUUCCAGAGAGGUCCUUCUUCCUGUUAUCCCAGAUCCAUACAAAAACAAUCUUCAGAUCGACAUCAUAUGUAUUAUCAGCGCUAUGCUCGAGAACUGUCUCUCACUUGGGAUAACGAGAUCGAUGUACUGUUCUGACGAUGCCAUCUCACCAUUCUACAGGGCCCAGGUGGACUCGGAUCCUAAUCCUGAAGCCAUCAUCACAUCUGUCCAGCGUGGAUCCCGCACCCUGCAUUUCGAUCUCCGCCCAACACGAAAGCAGGUUGUUGCUAACCACCAUCCAUUCAUCGAUGUGAUUCCCUUCAAGGAUAUCAGGGACAACAUCAUCGAGAAGAUGAAGGACAUGGAUGAGGAUGAGUUCUUCCAUGAUUCACUUAAUCACUUGACUUGUUGGGGAGGCGUUGCAGGUGCACAUACUGGAACCCCCUGGGACUCAAGAAGUUGGGAGGCAACGGAAGAGUUCAUACUCAAGUGGUCGGACAUCGUAGGGGGUGACGAAGGCGAAUUGGCGAGGAACUCACGGUGGUGGAGAUCACAUCGUGGUGAACGGAUAGUGACCGAAAUGUUCUAA